AUGCCUCCAGCGACAUCCCUCUGGUAUGGCCAUAUCGCCCACAUAUCGCAGACUGAUUGGUAUGGAAUAUGCACCGCAAUCGCCCUGGCAAGUUGGCUCGUACGGUGGCUCCUUGGCUACUCGCCCUCGAGACCAUUCUGUCACUUCGAUAUGCUCACAUUCAACAGGGUUCCAUGGUCACACUUCUGCUCAGUGAACAUCCUGCCACUGGCCUUGCGAGCUCGAUCCUGGGUCACUGUGCGCCGACGUGCUGCCAAACUCGCGGUCGCGCAUGGAUGCAUCGAUGAAUUGGCCGGAUGGUCGUCAUCCACCCCGCUCCAUGGAGCUAUUGCUAUCCUAAAUGAUGACCAACCAGUGCCAGCCAUACGACAGCAUUACGUUCCUUCUACAGCAUGUUUCAUGAUCUUGAUCUUUCCCGUGACGCUGCAUGUGGUUGUUCGCCGUCACCCGCAGCUGGCGAUGAAGUGUCACUAUCACUCGGGGUCAACCGGUCUGGCUUCGAUGUCUGCCAUGCGCGGGGGAUGCCCCUGGCCUUCUAUUGUCGUAUUCCCGGGUCAUGAGCUGCUGAGGAUGGACAUCACCGUUCCCUCUCGGUGGAAGGUUGAGCUGGGACAAUAUGUGUACCUUUGGCUCCCACAUGCAGGCUUGUGCAUUGCCGGCCAACUGCUGCUUUUCUACAUCGCAUCCUGGAAAGACGCCAGGGCCGGAGGCUCCUGUACGCUACAUGUGCUAGUCCGCCCACAGUCUUCUGCAUUUGCAGUUGCGCUUUAUAAAGCCAAACGACUUUACAACGUGCGAAAGACCGCGCCCGUGCUAGGGCCAUACGGGAGACCGCCUGGUCUCGCUCAUUUCCGGACCGUGCUUCUCAUUGUAGAGGAUGUCGAGAUUGUACGAGUAUUCUCGCUUACCCAGACACGUGUCCUAGCGAGUGAACAGCACCACGCCGUGGUACGGAAGCUCAUCGUUGUCUGGAAAACGGAAGACCUUGUGAACAUGCAACAUUUGCUUGACCUCGAUCGCCAAGAAGCCAAGAAUGAGCCCUUUCAUAAACCCGGUACUAGACUCCGAUCCCUUGAAGGGUCUCUGGAUGUGGCGCAGACUAUGAGGGAGUGCCUAAAUACACGUCAAGUGAUGGGUAUCCGACAGUCUAUCCGCAACCAGGUCAAGGCAAUCGUUCAGCCAGACGAGCGAUGA